AUGGCGGGCAAUGUAAGACAGCCUAUUGACAUCUCAGCGCUCAGUGAAUACGUGCGGGAGAAUGUGCCUCUAAUAAAGCUUCCCAUCAGCCUCAAACAGUUCAGUCAUGGGCAAUCCAAUCCUACUUAUGAAGUCACUUCAUCCGUGGGGUCACGAUUCGUGCUGCGGAAGAAGCCCCCUGGAAGCUCACUCUCCAAGAGUGCCCAUCGGAUCGAGCGGGAAUAUCAGGUUAUACAGGCUCUAGAGCACACCGACGUGCCCGUACCCAAGACAUACUGCUUCUGCGAGGAUCCUUCUGUCAUAGGAAGCCCAUUCUACAUAAUGGAGUUCUUGGACGGCCGGAUUUUCGAAGAUCCUUGGUUGCCUGAUCUCACGUCCGCGGAGCGUACCACGAUCUGGAAGGAAGCCGUUCGCACAUUGAGAAAAGUGCAUUCAGUCCAUCUAUCGGACAUCGGUCUCGGAGGUUGGAAGAAGCCAGCCAGCUUCUACAGUCGUCAGCUUAAGUCACUUGGCCGUGUCUCUGAUGCACAAGCUCGUACAAUACACCCUUCCACUGGGCAAGAAGUUGGACAGUUGCCGCACUAUGACGAACUUGUCUCCUUCUUCGCAACCCAAAGAUUCCAACCUGCCGAUAGGAGAACACUGGUGCAUGGAGAUUUCAAGUUGGACAACCUGGUUUUCCACAAGACAAAGCCGGAGGUGAUCGGCAUCUUAGAUUGGGAGAUGGCGACUGAGGGUCAUGCGCUCUCGGAUCUUGUCAACCUGACUUCGCCAUUCCUAUGGACAGCCGGGCAAGUUCCGCUAUUGACAGAGCUGGCGCUGACGGAUGACCUGAAAGAAUUACAGGCGAAAUGUUCGGCCGGGGAUAUUCCCGGACUGCCAGGUUUCGACCAGUGUCGGGUGUGGUACAAAGACGGUGCAGGUUCGGAUAUAGGAGGCCAGGAGGAUAUCGACUGGGCCGUGGCGUUUAGCAACUUCCGGACUGCUGUUGUUAUGCAAGGGAUCGCGGCGAGGUUCGUAAAUGGCCAAGCGAGUGGGGUCAAGGCGAAGGAGUUCGCUUCGCAGACGGUGCCAUAUGCCCUGUGGGCGCAGGCCCGAGUCCAAAUGAUCAAACAAAAAAGAGAACAGCCACUUGGCAAGCUUUAA